CGACGAGGACGACGACGACCGCGGCGUAUUCUACUUCUACGUCGCCACUCGCUACUUAUUCUUUCACAUCGCGUAAUAUCAUUUUAGGUCGUUCGCCAUUUUGCCGUUUGUACUGGUUACUUUGUUGGUCGGCGUGUGAGUGCCUCAUGCGUGUAAUGGAUUUAUUGUAAAUAAAUUGUCCCAAACGUACUACAAUUGAUAACAAAAAUCGAAUUUCUUGCAAACACCCGUGUUCCGUUGUUUAAACGAUGUUGGUACGCGUCUUACGUGACUUUUGUCGACGAACGACCGCCGUUCCGGGCGGAGAAAAUGCCGUCAACCGUUUGAUACACGUAGCUGUGCCAUUAGAAAAGAACAGGGACCGUCGUAGUUUCUUGGCCUCGGUACCUCGUAAAGACGAAGGUACCGAAGGCGAGAAAUUCGUUUUCAUCGAUUCCGCAAUCACCAAGAAAGAAGAAAUGUUCCCUGACAUAAAUACGCCAAAUAUGCUUUUUGGUGGAGUUAAAUUCUCAGAUGUACCUAUUUGUCACAUUAAAUCAUCUAGAAACAAUACAAUACUUCAUGUCACUAAGGUUAAUGGUGAAAGAAUAAUGAUAAGGUCAUGUGGUAUGGAAGGAUUCAAAAAUACUAGAAAAGGAACUAAUAUUGCAGCCCAAGCUACUGCUAUUGGUUUGGCUACAAGAGCAUUAGAUUUUGGAAUCCAUACAGUCCGUGUUACAAUUCGAGGAUUAGGACCUGGGAGAAUGUCCUCAAUAAAAGGCCUUACUAUGGGUGGUCUUAAAAUAAUAUCUGUUACUGAUGAUACUCCAAUAUCAUGGAAUCCUUUAAGAUCAAGAAAACAACGAAAAUUAUAAUUUUGGCAUGUUGCAAGUAAGUCUGCAAUUAGUUCUACAAAUUUUGUGAUUAUAAAAAUAAUGUAAAAAAUUUAUAAGAAUAAAUGUUAUCAAUUUUAUAAUUAUUUUA